GGAGAAGAAGAAGAAUGGGACAGGGGGGACAGGGGAGGCAGGGGAGGCAGGGGAAGGAGAGAAGAGGGAGGGGACACAGAGGAUAUGUUCUUGUUGCAUCGCUCGAUACAGAUGAUAAAGACAGAAGCAGGGGAGAUGAGAGUUGUGAAAGGCUUAAGAAUGAAGGGUAUGGAGAACCCAAUUCACAUUGGUUUCAUCAAUAUGGAACCAAAAGCUCUUCUCAUCCCUCAAUACAUCGAUUCCAACUUGAUCAUCUUUGUUCGCAGAGGGGAGGUGAAGAUCGGGUUGAUACAUAAAGAUAGCUUGGUGGAGAAGCAAUUGAAGAUGGGAGAUAUUUAUGCAAUCCCAGCUGGUUCAGCCUUCUACAUGUUGAACACAGGCGAGGGUCAGAGACUCCAGAUUAUUUGCAGCAUCGAUACAUCCGUUAGCAUUGGACGAGGUCCCUUCGAGACGUUCUUCAUCGGUGGAGGAACUUAUCCCCCAUCCGUGCUCGCCGGGUUUGACCGCAAAAUCCUCAGGACUGCAUUGAAUAUCUCUGGGAGUGAAUUGGACGAUUUGUUGAUGAGGCAGAACGAAGGACCUAUACUUUAUGUACCUGAUGCGCAUACGCCAGGCAAAUGGGCCUCCUUCAUGCAAUUGAAGCAACGGGAGAGGUUAGAAGGUUUAAUGGGUAUGGAAGUAGAUGAAGAAGAAGAAGAGGACAAAGAGCCAGCACAAGAAAAACAAGAAGAAAAACAGAGGACUUGGUCAUGGAGGAAGCUCUUGAAAUCCGUGAUAGGAAAUGACCUGAACAAAGAUGAGGAAAAGAAAACGAAAACCAUUGGACGAUCAUUCGACUCGUACAACCUUUUCGACAGGAGCCCUGAUUUCCAGAAUAGUUAUGGAUGGAGUCUUGCAGUGAACAAACACGAUUAUCCACCUCUCAAACGCUACAACAUCGGCGUUUAUCUUGUCAACCUCACUGCGGGGUCGAUGAUGGCGCCACAUAUGAACCCAAGAGCGAUAGAGUACGGGAUCGUGUUGAGUGGAGAAGGGUCUGUGCAGGUGGUGUUUCCGAACGGGAGCUCAGCCAUGAACGCAAAGGUGCGGGAAGGAGACGUGUUCGUGGUGCCAAGGUACUUUCCCUUCUGCCAAAUAGCUUCUCGAGGAGCGCCAAUGGAAUUCUUUGGGUUCACUACUUCGGCCAAGAAGAACUAUCCCCAGUUCCUGCUAGGUGCGAACUCAAUUCUCCAUACAAUGAGGGGUCCUGAGCUGGCCACUGCAUUCGGUUUGGAUGAAAAGAGAUUCAACAAAUUCCUGGACGCACAGAAUGAAUCCGUCAUUCUCCCCACCGUACCAUCGUUGAAACCAGAGGAGGAGGAGCAUCACAGCAGCAAAAGGAAGAGAAGAAGGAGCAGCAGCAUAAGAAGAAAGAGAAGGAGCGUCAUCAUGAUGUAGCGAAUGGGGGACUAGGUUCGUUCAUCAGGAGCUUUGAGGACCAUAUGGUAAUGGGGUUUGAUUAGGUAAGGAGUUGGUGAAGACGCAAUAUGCAAG